AUGCUUUAUUACCUGUUACUACUCGUUUACUAUCCAUUUAUUCAUGCUAAUCAUUUCAAUGGUGGUAGCAUUAGAUGGCAACCGGUAAAUCCUUCUACCAAUUCAAGUUUGGUCACAUUAACUAUUAUACAAUCCUAUCGGUGGACAUAUCCUAAUAUAAAAUGUGCAACUAAUGUACCCAUGACGACUAGUGGUCGAGCAACUCAAUACUCGAAUCUAACCUGUAUGUCUGAUUGUUCAACUGAUGGUGGUUAUUCUAGUGCACCUAUUAGUACAUUAACAGAUUGUACUUCUGCAAGUUCAUCACUCGGUAUGAUGACAAGUGAACGUUCAAAAAAUAUUACACUUACUGCAGGUGCACAUUUUUAUCUAGCAUAUGUAGGAAGUUCAUGGUUACCAUUAGGUAGUCCUACUACAAGUAAUCUUCAAUGGUCAAUAAUUACCUCGAUCGAUAUUCGAAUGCGACCAGAUGGCUUUAUUAAUACGCCACCAGUUGUUGGUUUAAUACCUCCACAAUAUAUAAUUGUCAAUACAACCGCUCAAAUUCGUAUACCUGUAUCAGAUGUUAAUGCAGGUGAUGAUGUACGCUGUCGAUGGUCAGUAUAUACAAAUGGAUAUCGUCGGAGAAGACAAAUGGAUGAUAAUGAUGUAUAUGAUGAAUCAACCACGGUUACGUAUAAAACAUCAAUCUUCAACAAAGAAAAUGUACUCGAUAGGAAACCACGAGAUUCAUGUACGCCAUACUGCGUAUGGAGCUGUGCCAAAAAGUGCUGCUGUAGUAAUUCUUAUGCGUGUCAAGGAACCACCUGCACUGGCACAAAAUGUAACGACAACCCUACAUGUACUGCUACUGCUGCAACAUCAACUACUAUCGAUACUCCAGGACCACUUAAAGCAACUUCAACGUUUCCUAUUCGUCUAGCAAUUGAUGAAUGUGGUGGUAUAUGUUACUCAAGUACCUUACCUAGUGCCACUACUCUGUCUAAUUGUACUGUCUCUGUGAAAGGUUUGAUACCUGAUACUUGGUACGCUGCCGCUAUUCAAGUCGAAGAUUUUAUUAACGUGUCAAGUACCACUCCAAUGAGCUCUGUACCAAUACAAUUUCUCAUUUAUGUUAUGCCUGAACCAGACUGUUCACAAGCACCUGUUAUAAUACCAUUAACUGGUUGUUUAGAAGUAUCAGUUGGCGUACCAGUGCGUUUUAAUCUAUCUAUAUUGAAUUUAUGUGAUCCAGAUGUGGCUGAUAUUUCUGAUAUGACUUUAUCAACACAAAUUACAGGCAUGCAACAAAACAAUCUGACACAUUCUUCAAGUAAUUCAUCAUUAUCUUUUGUUACAUUUGCAUGGACACCGCAAACAAAUCAAAUAGGUUCACAACAAAUGUGUGCAAUUGCAUAUACUGAGGAACAAGUUCAAUCUGCAGAAUACUGUGUUACAUUUACUGUGAAAACAUCAACAGCAUUGUGUGUAACAACGACUACGACAACAACAACAACCACCACCACAACAACUACAGCAACAACAAGUACCACAGCAACUACAACAACAACUACGACGUCGACUACAACAACAACUACCACAGCAACUACAGCAACAACUGCCACAACUACAACUACAGCGACAACAACAACCACUGCGACAACAUCGACAACUACAACAACAUCAACAACUACUACGACAACAUCUACAACUUCAACAACAUCAGCAACUACAACAACUGCAACAACAUCAACUACUACUACUAGCACAACAAUAACUACAAUAGCUACUGAUAGUUCAAGUAGAGGUCCAAGUUGGGGAUUAAUUGCCGGUAUUGCUUCGAUUGCAUUACCAUUGGCUCUAUGUACUGGAUGCUGUUUGUAUCGAUUAUUCUGGAGUCCAGCUGCUAGACGUCGUCGUCAAGAACGAGAAGGACGUGAUCAAUGCCGAUAUAGUCAAUUAGAUUCAAGAGCAGAAAGUGUUGAACAAGAACUUUCUCCUAUGGAUAAAAAUUUUCGAAUAAGAAAACCUAGCAAAGCUUAUCAAAUAUACAAUAUUCUUUAUAACAAAGGUAAUACCAAUGGUACUGGUUCGACAAUUGGAAAUGAACCGAGUAUACUUAUGACGAUAUAUAAUAAUACAAAUGGAAAACAUAAUACAGCUACGAAAACUCCAGAUACUCAAUCAUCAAUCGCAACAGGAGAUGCAUGGACACAACCAAAAACACCCGAGAAAGCUGUUAACACUUUAGAUGCUAAUCAACAUGACCCAUUCAAAAGUAAUUCAAUCAAUAGCAUACUAAAUUCGAAUGAAUCACAACAAGAUCUUAAUGUUAAUCAAUUAUUUCCUGAUCAAGAAAGGUUAAGAGCCCUUUCAACAACAUCAGAUCAAGUUGAUCCUGCUAAUGCUUUACAGACACCAUUGAGUAAUACAUAUGAAGCGGCACAACCAUUUCAUUCUCGUCGUAGAAUGUCUAAUUUUGAAAAAUUAGCACGAAGAUAUCUCUUUGGAUUCGGUGACCCUUCUAAGAUAUCUCAUGACUAG